CCCGGUGGCAGCAGCACCCGGGCAGCCGACGGCAGGGUCCCGCCGUGUCCCCGCGUCCCCGUGUCCUGUGCCACGUCUCGCAGAAGCAGGCCAUGGCUCCCCGCGGCCGCUGGGCCUCCCUGCUGCUGCUCUCCUGCUGCCUGGCGCUGCUGGCCGGGCGCCCGGGCGCCGCGGGGCCGGUGCAGCCCACCUACCCCGGCGACGACGCCCCCAUGGAGGACCUGGUGCGCUUCUACAACGACCUGCAGCAGUACCUCAACGUGGUCACGCGGCACAGGUACGGCAAGCGGUCCGGCAGCCGGGCGCUGUGCGAGGAGCCCUACGGGGCGGCGGGGUGCUGAGCCCCCCAGGUGAGGGGCGCGGGGACGGGCCGGGGGCGGCGUUUGCCUCGGUCCCCCGCUGCCACCACCCUGCAGCCCCGUCGCCCCGUCUCCUUGCAGGGCGGCUCCAGCGCCCGGCGGGUGAAGAGGAGCCCGGGGGCCGCAGCCCCGUCUCUGUCACUGUCACCCUGUCCCCGUCCCCGGGGCCGAGCCAGGCCCCGGCGCAAUAAACCCCUGUUGCAGCCA